AUGUAUAAUUAUAUUAUUAAUAGAGGAGAUUUUUCUUUUCAUAAUGUGGUAACAUAGACUUGUACUAAAACAAUAGAUCUAGCGGAUCAUAAUGCUGUUAGUGCAUCAUUAAAGUUAAUAACAGUAAAUUUAAUUCACUAGUUCAACAUACUUAUUGAUGAUAAGUUAGUAGUUGUUUCAAAUCUUAAUCUGUAAGUAUCAAUCUAUAAUAAUAAUGACUAUUAUUAUUUAAUCACAAAUUCGAUUUAUAUCCAUUAAUAUCCGCAUAAACGUAAUUCAAUUACUUUCAAAAUUUAGACUAAAUAAUUUUAAGAAUACACUUCAUCUUACUAUUCUUAUGUUGGAAUUAGAGAUUUUUAAUUAUUUAUAAGACCAAUUUUAAAUGACGAUUAUUGCUAUGAUAAUAAUAUCUAUCCCUUUGAUGGAUGCUUUGCUGAGAUACAUGAUUGUGUUGAAGGUUGUUCAAACUGUGUAAGAGGUGUGUGUUUGGAAUGUUAAGAAGGAUGGCAGUAUUAUGAAUUAAAUAAGAAUUGUUUACCGAUAUGCGGAGAUUCUAUCAUAACUUAUUUUGAAGAAUGUGAUGACGGUAACACAUAUCCAUAUGAUGGGUGCCAUUAAUGUAAACACUCCUGUUAGUAAGAUUGUAUAAUCUGUUAAUUUGGAUAUUGUUUGAAAUGGAAAACUUCAUACUAAAAUCUUGAUGAUAUUUCUUAUAAUAAUAAUUUUAAUUAAAACUUACCAAUUACAUAAAACGAUCUGAAUUAUAUUUAGUGUUAAUAUUUGUAUGAUUCAUUAGAAUGCCAUGAAUAUGUAAAUGAGUUGGCGUGGUUAUUUUUUAAUUGUAAUUCCUAGUAUAAGAUGAAUGAAAAGAAAAAAAUAAUAAAUAAAAAGAAAUGUGGAGAUUUAAUUACCACAUGUGAUGAGGAGUGUGAUGAUGGCAAUAAAGUAUAGCAUGAUGGUUGUCACAUGUGUAAAUAUUCAUGUCCACUGAAUUGCAGUGAAUGCUAAUUUGGAAAAUGUAAAUAAUGUUUACCAGAGUACGAACUAAUAUAUGGAUAAUACUAAGAAAAUAUAAGUUGUUAUAAUAGAAUAACAAAUUUGAUUGAGAAUGGUCAUUACUAACAUAAUCUCUUUAAUAACAAAAAUUCUAAAUAUAAUUUGAUAAGUACUCUUACAUGCAACAUUUAAGAUUUUGGAAUCUUUGGAUAUUUUUAUAAUUAAUGCAGAAUAGCGGCUAUAAAAAAUUGUAAAGAAAGUCUUUAUGAUAAAUGCCUAUAAUGUGAUGAAAAUUAUGCAUUAGAAUUUAAUAAAUUUGGAUGUAUUCCUUUAUGUAACGAUGGACUUUUAAUAGAAAAAGAAGUGUGUGAUGACUAGAACAAUAUCUAAUUUGAUGGAUGCUACAAAUGCUAAGAAAGUUGCUUGUUAGAAUGUGUAAAUUGUGUUGAAAAUAAAUGUUAUUAGUGCCUUGAUGGUUGGCAGCUUAUAGAUUAUGGCUGCUAUUAAUAUUGUGGAGAUGGUUAAGUAGCUCAAUCUUCUAUGGAACAAUGUGAUGAUGGAAAUUAUGAUUCUGGAGAUGGAUGUUAUUAAUGUAAAUUUGAGUGUGUCCCUUAUUGCAGAUCCUGUGCUGAUAGAAAUACUUGUUUGGUUUGUGAAAAAUACUUUGAAUUAUCUAACAAUUCUUGUAGACCAAUAUGUGGAGACGAUAAUAUUGUAUAUGGAUUAGAAGAAUGUGAAGAUGGAAACAAUAUUCCUUAUGAUGGUUGCUUUAAUUGCAUGUUUUAGUGUGAAAAAGAAUGCCAAAAUUGUGGUUAAGGAAAAUGUGUAGAGUGCAUAGAUGGGUACAUAAUUGCAAAGGAUUAUUGCGAAGUUAAUAAUUAAACAUUAAUCAUCGAUGAGGAUGAAGAUGAAUAAAGUUAAUGUGCUAAUGCAAUGUAUUCUAAUAAUGAAGAAUGUGAUGAUGGGAAUACAAUUGAUGGCGAUGGUUGUUCUAGCUUAUGUCAGAUUGAAUCUAAUUGGUUUUGUACUAACUAACUCAAUUAGAUUAGUAUUUGCACUCAUAAUACUAUUAUAAAAUUGUAAUACCUUAAUCAAACUUAAUAAAAUUAAUACGUUUAAUUAUCCUUAACAAAUAAAGUAAAAUUAAAU